UUUUUGGAUCUGAUCAUAUAUAGACAAUUAUGCAUGAUCAUAUAUGAUUAGGCAAAAUCAUUUUUUCCCGGGCAGAUACUAGAAAGCAUUAUAUGAUUUCUACGUUCAAAUGGAUUUAGCUCGUUAAUCGAACAAAGUACAGGGUAAAUUGAGGUAUUUGAACUAUCGAAAAUAGGGGCUCCAUCGACGCUAUAAUUGAUGGAAAUCAUAUCAUCAUGUGUUACUUGGUUUUUGUACAUUUUGCCGUCAAAAAUGUCUUCAAACGCAUGAUUAUUCACUUUUUCUCGAUUUAAAGAAUACAAAUUAUGAGCAUCCGUAGUUUCAAACAGUUCGCGCAAUUGAUAGGUUAAUGGUAAGUGUAAAAAUGAGCCUUCAUUUGACUUAGAAUCAAAUUUAGUUGAACAGUUACUACAAUUAACUGAACAAUUACUUUCACUGCCUAAAUAAUUCCCACAUUGCACACAAAUGUAGUGAGUUAAAAUAUUGUGAGAGUAACGAUCAAUAAUUGUUUUCCAGUAAUAUUUAGAAGUCUUAGCAUCUGAGGUUGUGGAGUAAAUAUUAAGCAAGUUAACAAUAUCUUGCGCAACUGAAUGAGUGAUAUUUCUUCGCCAUUUAAUAGCCAUGACAAGAAGAUUGUUGAUAAGAUGAUGUUUUGGUAUCUCCUUUCGGUGGGACGCAAGAAUGAUUGGAGGAUAAUUAUUUGCUCUGCACGCAUUAUCAUCUAUAGAAGUAGUAUCAACGCACGUAGAAGAUUUUUGAUAGCUCAGCUUGGUUUCCUGAUGACCCUUAAAAAAAAAAAAAUAUGCAUUACCCAAUCGUUACUUGGAGAAAAGCUUAGUAAAUGUAAAACAAAAUAAUCAUAAUGAUAAAACUGACGAUUAAUGCUAGGAAUACAGCUGAUAGAUCCACACUACAAGAGACCAUAAGUAUUUAAUUUAUACGUUGUAGAUUUAUCAGCGAUAUUAAAAGUGCGAAUGAAUGUAUUCAAAAAUAGACACAAUAGAACAUCACAAUUAAUGGCAAAACUUCAUGAAAAUCAAAAUAAAGGAAUUAUUUUACUGGUAGAAAAGCUCAAAAAAUGAGUGUUUAGCUCGAAGAUACCAAAUGUGUCAAUGAGAAAGAUAUGUUACGCAAAAAAGUUGACAGCAACGGGUCAGAACGACCUAAGUGGAUUUACGAGUGAGUAAACGAUUAUUUGACUGGUAGAAAAGCUCUGAAAAUUAUUGUUCAGGUCCAAGAUACUAAAUGUGUCAAUGAAUAAGACUUGAAACGCAAAAAAGUUGACAGCAACGGGUCAGAACGACCUAAGUGGAUUUACGAGUGAGUAAACGAUUAUUUGACUGGUAGAAAAGCUCUGAAAAUUAUUGUUCAGGUCCAAGAUACUAAAUGUGUCAAUGAAUAAGACUUGAAACGCAAAAAAGUUGACAGCAACGGGUCAGAAUGACCUAAGUGGAUUUACGAGUGAGUAAACGAUUAUUUGACUGGUAGAAAAGCUCUGAAAAUUAUUGUUCAGCUCCAAGAUACUAAAUGUGUCAAUGAAUAAGACUUGAAACUCAAAAAAGUUGACAGCAACGGGCCAGAACGACCUAAGUGGAUUUACUAACAAAUAUUUGCCCUCGUACAAUGGAUUGGAGGAGAAUUCGAUCAAACAUAUACUGCGGGGAUUCCAACUGAAUGGAUUCGUGAUUUUGAUAUUGAAACUUUCAAUCCACUGGAAGAUAAGGAGACUUAUUUAGUUGAAUGGCGUUACAAUAAACUAAAAAAGCCAAAAGCUGGGUGGAAAAUGUUUGAUGCUCGUGUUGUCAAAAUAUCUCACAGUAUGAAGUUAUUAAAAAAUGAAAUCACUCUGUUGGAAGGCAUUAUUUCUCCAUUAAAAAUCUCAAAAAAAACAAGAACUUUAUCACACAAGCGAAAUUUAGAAAGUCAAUCCGAUAUUGAGGAUAUACAAUCGACUUCUCAAGAAUUACCAAAGAAGUACAAAAAAUUAUUAAAAACUGAUGACAAAUUAAAGAAAGGUGCAGCUGGCCAAAACAUUCCUCCACUAUCCCCAGUUAUUGAAAAUGAAGGAGAUCAUUCAAGUAAUGAUGAAGAUAUUAUUAUAAUUCCUGAGAAGAAUGCUGAAGAUAAUAUUUCUUCCAAUAAUAAAAUUCAUCGUGAUAAUGAAAUAAUAAAGAACAAACUUUCGGAACUAUGUGAAGAGAUGAAAAAUAUUAAACGAUCGCAAGCAGCUUUCAUUCAAAUACAAAAUGAUCGUGCCAAUCAUCGCGGUGAUGAUAAUGAACAAAUUGAAAUUGGGCACCAAGGAUCAAACGUAUUUGUUUCUCGUCGACAAUGGGAGACUGCAGAUAGUCGUGAGACUUUCCAAAGAAUGGGUAUAUCGUUAACCCAAGCGCUUUUUCCAAAAGAAAUUUUAUUAGCCAGUAAUCUGCGUGGAGGGGCCAGUAAAAUAAAUAAAGAUGCUCCCCUUCGCCCUGGAUUAGACAGCAACAUCAUCGGAGUUAUUGAGGAAGCUGUGAAAAAUAAAUUUCCCCGAGAUUUUAAGCGCGGAUUAUUUGGAAUGGCUAUUAACAAUAUGCUCACAGAAAUGCGCCGCAAAAAUCCCAUAGUCAUUGAACCUGAAGUUGACCAAGAAGUUAACCAAGAAGUUGACCAAGAAGUUGACCAAGAAUUUGAAUAAAAUCAAUAAUUAAAUCGAAUUUAUUUUUACCAAUCCGUUCAUUCAUCUAAUUUAAUUUAUGUUAUUCUUUUAUAAACUAAUUGGUACAU